AUGGUCUACGACUGGGACACACACCAAGAAACAUGUUAUCAGCUAUAUAUCCAAGAGGGCCGGUCCCUCGAGGACAUCAUGGAAUACCUAAAGGCCGCCCACGAGUUUUGCCCUAGCAAGCGAGCCUUUCAGACACAAUUUCGUCGUUGGAAUUUUCCAGCCAAGCAGAGGCCGGCACACAAGAAUGACCGACUGGUCGCCCGCAUCAAGGAACUUUGGGAGAAGAACCUAGCUCAGCGGGAAAUGCUCCGCAUCCUCAACGAGGAAGACGGCUAUGAUAUAAAGCCGCGCGAGCUCAUGCGGGUGCGCACCAAGAAUCGAUGGCUUCUGCGCGUUCCCAACUCAACCGUGGAUGCGACUUUGGUCCUACCCGACGGCGGGCACAACGACGACCACGAUGGCACUGAUGACGAUAGCGAAGUACGCGGGGAACAUAUUGAUCUCGACUAUUCCGUCGCUACUUCACACGAUAAUAACGACAUGACUAUGCAGGAAAGUGACAGUGGUAAUGGCACUCCCGUGACGGCCCCUGGUGGGAGUCGGUCACGGCGCCGCAGACGGCAAAGUGGACAAGACGUGCAGUCGACGACAGCCAGCGGCAACAACCGUUUUCCUUCCGAAAUGACCAUUGACGAAGCUCGCGAUAUACUCAGCCUCGAUACGGCCACAUACCGUACAUUGCGGACCAAUUUCAAGCAGAUAUGUAACGAGGACAGCCUCUCACGCAAGACAGAAGCAGGGCCGGAGCGCUGGGCGGCAGCAAAACAGCGUCUCAUUGGAAGUUCUCUUGCGCUGCAGCGCAUGCUCUGGGUCAACAGUACCGUGACCGGCGGCGAUCUCGGUGGCAGCACUCAUAGCUUUGAUCAACGGCAGCUCGCUCUCGACGUCAUCUGCACCGAUGUCACCAAACGACUGCGUACGCUCGAGACGCGGAUGACACUAGGCGAAGCCAAGGCUGUGCUCGGUGUCAACCCAACCGAAUCGCGCGACAUGCGCGCUGCGCUGCACACUGUACUGCUAGAAGCGCGAUUCGUGAGUAAGUCGGAUGCCACGCCGCAGCAGUGGGAGGGGCUCAAGCAGCAAUGGGGUCAGCGGGCACCGGUCGUGCAGGCGAUUCUAGAGAAUGUGUCUGGGACAGAAGAAGCCAAGACCAAGAUGCGUGCGCUCGAGAUGGUCGCGAGCGAUGUUAUGAAGCGGUUACGAGAUCAGCGCAGAUCGAGGCAGUCCCUGGCAGGGACCAGUAGAAGCAGCCAUCGACAAGAAAUGCAGGCAGUGAGCAGCACGACGCAUAGCUCGCCCAAUACGGCGGCUGGCCAGAUGGAGCUAGCGGAGAGCCUGGCAGGAAGCAACUUCGACGACUUGUCCGAGGUUCCGCAGAUGACAUUUGACAGCCCCGGCAGCGACGCCAUGCACAUGCCCCUGACCUUGUCACAGGCCUCCUCUCUGACGGUGGAUGGGUCACAGCAAUCGGGGCGCGGUGUUUUGAGCACCAUGAACGCCGCCAUGCAGCUAAACUCACCGGGCAUGGGCGGCCCAGGGGUGCUCCUCUCGCCGGGCAGUCAGGCAGCAUUCUUGGGUCACCAUCACCAGCCAUUCUACAGUGCGACUGCAGUCGCGGCAGCGUCCUCCGCAUCUGUUGCCAGUGCUUCGCCGCAGAUGUAUCCGCAACCGCCGUGCACGUCUUCUCGCGGAGGAGGGGGAGGGGGAGGAGCUGGGCCCGACGUGCCAGCCUGCGCCGUCUACCUGCGGCUGCACCCGUCGUCGAGCUUUAUAACCGAAAUGAGCCUAUGGGUCGCCACGUUGGGAUCUCACUCGGUGCAGGAGCUUCGGGAGUCGGCCGUGGCCCGGUUUCCCGGCGCCGCAUGCAUCCGCGUCGAGGGCGUCAUCAAAGAUGGCAAGGGUGGAGAGUUGCCGCUGCAGAUUGAGCACGAGCAGGAGCUGGCGGCCUAUCUGGCGCACAUGCAAGGGGCCUCGCCUACGUUUAACGUGCAGCUUGUGUGGAAGGAUACAUGA